AUGUCCAUCCUGCCCCUCCUGCUGGCCUUCCUGCUGGCCCUGCAGGUGGCGGCCCAGUCAGCCACGCCCACGGCAGACCCGACCCCCAACGGCCCAACCCUAACCGGCACCGCCUCGAACUGCAACAAAUGGUACACGGUCCAGAAGGACGACACCUGCGAGACGCUGGAGAAGGCAUUCGGCCUGACCCCGGAGCAGUUUCAGCAGUGGAACUCGGACGUGCCGGCGGACUGCAGCAAAAACUUCUGGGCGGGCAAUGCAUACUGCGUCGGGGUUGGCGAUGCAUCCACCACCAUCACCACCACCCCCACCCACAAAAGCACGACCUCUCUUGCCUCUGGACAGGUUCCCUCUCAUCUGGGCUCGACUGGCGCACAGAAGAGCAGCACCACCCUUGCGUCAGGCCAGUCGUCCUACUCGACUCGCAACCCGAUCACCUCGUACAAUAUCACCUCCACCCCGGUCGACGAUACCUGGCCGCCGAAGAAGACCCAGGCCGGUCAGCCGGAUACCUGCAAUAGGUGGCAUCUUGUCUCGUCGGGAGAUACCUGCGAUACCAUCCAGCGGCGCUAUUCAUCGUCUGUGAGCAAGGAUGAGCUACUCGAAUGGAACCCAUCCCUCAAGGCAGACUGCGACUACCCAUCGACCGGCUACUGGGUGUGCGUGGGGAUCCGACGGCCAGCCCUAACGGCGUCGUAUCCCACGGGCGAUGGCAACACGUCCGUGGCCAUUCCCGAUCCCACGCCCUGGACGCCCUGGCCGAAGCCAACCGAUAACUCCACGAAUGACUUUCCCCCGACGAAGACUCAGUCGGGUCUGGCUCCGAGCUGUUCUGCCUUUUACCAGGCUGUUCCUUCCGACACCUGCGACCAAAUCCUCGCCGCCAACCCAGCCCUGACAUCCGAUCUGCUCCACGAGUGGAACCCAUCGCUGAAAGACGACUGCUCGGGCAUCCUGCCAGACUACUCGUACUGCAUCGCGGCGUACAACGGCACCAACGUCCCCUUCCCAUCCACCGUCAGCUCGCCCCCGUACCCGACCAAGCAGGGCACGGCCGGGAACUGCACGGGCUGGUACCAGAAACAGGCGAGCGAUACUUGUGAUCGCAUCGUGGGGAUGUUCGAGACGUUUGACAAGCAGCAGUUUGUGCGGUGGAAUCCGGAUGUGGGGGUGGACUGCAAGGCUCUUCAGAAUGGCUACUGGUACUGCAUCUCCGACUCCAGCACGCCCAAGACGCGCACCCGACCGGUCUCCGGGGUGACUUUCCCCACGGCGUAUCCGCGCCAGCCGGCCGUGACGAAGGCUUGUAUCAAGUGGUGGCUUGUCAGUUCAUCCGACACCUGCACCACCCUCACCAACAUCAACAGCAUAACCCUCUCGGACUUUUACACCUGGAACCCGGACAUCCCGGGCCCACGCGGAUGCCAGAACCUGAUUCCAGGGACGGAGGUCUGCGUCGGGGUUGCGAGUGGGAGUGGCAGCAGUAGCAGUGUUAUUCCAGGGAGUCGCAGUUAUACGCCUACCCCUGGGAGGAGCAGCAGCAGCAGCAGCGGUGCUGGUCCUGGUGGCAGUGUCCCUGGAAGUGAGAGUUAUACCAUCACCGGAAGACGCAGCAGUGAGCCGUUUACGAGGAGUAGCAUUACUCUUCCCAGGACUAAGACUCUCCCUACCGGUGGAAGCGGUGGCAUCCCGACCUCUAUCCCCGUUCUCGUCCCCGUUCCCAUUCCGACCUCCGGUGCUGCUUCUGCUCCAGUUUCCAGCCCCGGUGGCUCCGGUCUUCCCUCCACCUCCACCUCCACCCGCACCGUGCACAUCGUCACCGUCACCAGCACCGGAACGCGAACAGUCACGGACUGUCACAUCCCGGAUCCGGCUCCGGCCCCGACUCCCACUUCCACUCCCAGCGUCAGCGAAGGCGUGAGUGUGACUGGGGGUGUGGGUACAAGUACCAGUAGUAUGACUGGGAGUCUGAGUGUGACUUUACCGACUUUCAGAUGCCAUCAUACGGGAUGCCAUCAUACUGGUUCGAGUGUGGGUGCCAGUGCCAGUGCCAGUGCCAGUGCGAGUGCGCGUGUGCCGGGUCCGCAGUCGAAAUCACGUCAUGAUACCGGUGGGGAGGAUGAUGGGGAGAAUGUCGGUGCGACGACAAAGAUUAAGACUAGGUCAAAGUGUCGUACGACUACCGCUACCGCUACCGCUACUGGUGGGACUUCUUCUUCUUCCUCUUCCUCUUCCUCUUCCUCUGAACCUGUGUUUACCAUCGUGUGAGAGGGGGGUUUUUAUCCUAUCUAUCCUAUCCUAUCCACUGAUGGUCGGUCGGUCUUUCUGGGGACGUUGAUGGUGAUUAUCUGUCUCGAUGGUGGUGUUAACUAUGAUAUGAUUGUCUUGCUGUUAUUGUUGCUUUUUGCUUUUGCUGUUUGCUUUCUUGAUUGAUCAUUGGUGAUUUACGCGAUGUUACGGAGAUGAUAAUGCUACGAAACCCAUGAAUGGGAGAAAAGGGAAGGAAGUAGUUUAGUUUAGUUAUUAUCAAAGGUAUCAAAUCAGAAUAGUCAGUUCAGCUCAGCUCAGUUC